AUGGCUUUACAAGGCUUCUUCUCAUACUGGCUUCUCCCAGUCCUCUCCUCCCUAGUAUGGCUAGGCAUGCUCCUCGGCAUGCUCCUCCACUGGAUCGUCGACACCAACCGCCGGAUAUACCCGUCCAUGGGCCGCGGCGGCACAAUAGCCUACAUCAGCGACAUUGGCGCCCAGGAGCUCAAGCCGCUCUUCAUAGCCGGCUCGGUCGUCACAGUCGUCCUUUUGGAUCUGGCCUUCUUCGCUGAGCGCUGGCUACGACACCGGGGGCGGCUGGUGCGCAACCAGUCCUCCGGGGAGAGGGUGCUCGUGUGGUUGAGCAUCUUUUUUGCGGUCGUCGGUGCCGCGGGAUUGAUUUUGCUGUCUAUUUUUGAUACCUGGCGCCAUAAGAGGCUGCAUGAUGUGUUUCUGCUGCUUUUUAUUGGGGGGUAUUGGCUGUCUGCUGUGUUUACGUGCUGGGAGUAUCAGCGACUUGGAAUCAAGAACCGAGAACAUCGGAUACUACGGUCGUCUUUCUGGAUUAAACUCACCUUUAUUCUGGUGGAGUUUGUUCUCGCGAUUGUGUUCAUUGCCACCAACUUUACGCACCAGAACAAUGUGGCUGCCAUUUUUGAAUGGGUCAUCGCAUUCAUAUUCACCUUUUACGUCGCCUCUUUUAUUAUUGAUCUUAAGCCUGCCGUCCAUACAAAGAGCCAUUCUGCGAGAUUUGAGAAGCCUCAUCUUAUGGAGGAUGGGUUGCAUGCAAAUGGUCAUCAUGACGUCAACGGGAAUGGCUACGUCGUCGACAGAAUGCCGCUCAUUUUUAAAUUCAAAAUCCAAGAAAAAGGCACAAAAUAA